UCUACAUCUCAAAUUGAUCCAAAAACCAAAGAUUCCUAACGCCACUUGAAACUAAAAAUGGCUCCACAAAAAUUCAUCAGAAAUGGCAUGACAGGUUUACCUCGGCUCGUAGAAGAGUAUCUCUCUAUGUUGAAGGAAACAUACGAAGGAACGGGAUUGCACCUAGCCACGCAACAAGGGGACGAGGUAUAUGCAAAGAAAAUAAUCGAGCUCUGCCCUUCCUUAGUCAGUUCCACCAAUUCCAAAGGUGACACUCCUCUUCAUGUUGCUGCUCGUUCGGGAUGCACAAGCAUCUUAAUUUGGAUGUUAGAGUCCAUAAAUUUGCAUAACGCAUGCGAGCAAAAAAACCUAGAUGAAGAAAUGAUGAAUAAUGAUGGCUUAACACCUCUGCAUUGUGCGGCAAUGAAGGGUUCUGUUGAAAUCCUUAAGGAAUUUCUCAAUAGGGCUCCCUCUUCUUUCUACUCAGUCACAUUACAAAAGAGAGAAACUGUGUUUCAUAUAGCUGCGAGACACAAGAAGAACGAAGCCUUCAUCUCAAUGGCAAAGAGUGACAACUUAGGCCAACUUCUCUACCAGCUUGACAUAGAUGGCAACACGGUGCUUCACGUUGCCGCCUCCGUAGGCUCUAUUGCGCUGGUAAACUAUAUAAUGGAGGAGACAAACGUAAAAGUCACCACGAAGAACAAGAACGGUUUUGUAGCGGUUGACCUUCUCAACGAAGAGGAUAAAGAUUUCCUUAAGCUAUCUAACGCUCUGAUGUGCGGUCAACGCUCUUCAAGUCCUAGAGAGAUUGGAAACCAAACAAAAGUAGUGAUUCUUCAUCGUGCCGACGAUAACACGAUGAAGAAGCGCCAGAAGGAGAUUCUAAGAUUUCAAAGUAGUGAUACUCCAAACAAAAAAUUUGAGAUGCAAUUGGAGGCUUUGCAAAGCGCUAGGAAUACUCUCGCCAUUGUCGCUGUCUUGAUUGCAUCUGUUACUUUCACAUGCGGUUUAAACCCACCUGGUGGGGUCUAUCAAGAAGGAUUCUCCAUUGGGAAAUCAACCGCGGGGAAAACCAUAGCUUUCAUGAUCUUCUGGAUAAGCAAUAGCAUCGCGUUGUUUACAUCAGUGAGUAUGGUCAUUCUUCUCGUCAGCAUUAUACCUUACAGGGAGGACUCGCUUUUAAAGUUCUUGGUUAUAGCUCACUGGAUGAUGUGGGUGGCUGUAGCAGCCAUGGCAAGUGCUUAUGUCUCCGCGGCAUUGGUAACUUUACCUCAUUUUGGAGAAACCAAUUGGUUAAUCUAUGCCACUGUUGCUAUUGCUAGCUUGACGCUAGGCGGUAUGUUUGUUUAUCUACAGUUUAAUCUGGCUAAAUGCAUGUUAAGGAAGGUUAGGCUUCUUAAAUGCUUGUCUACUCUGCCAGUACGCAAGAAUGGAUACGUAGACAUGGCGGCCAAUAUCGAGAAAGGCUACUACUCUUAUUGCUGAAUUUAUGUUUAAUAGGAAUCCAAGUUAUAUGCAUGUUUUUAUAAGUGUUUGACGUUCAUAAUCUUCCAGUGAUAUGUUGUAAGAAAAAAAGUUUUGACAUAAUACAUGUUA